AACAACGGCAUUGCUCACUUAGUUGCACGAGUAUACUCGAAGAGAGACUACCAGUUAAAUAGAAACGCCGUUCUCACAGCUGAUCUAUUAUAUUUAGAAUAAAAAAAUAAAAAUAAAAAAAACAGAAUUUAAAAAGGAAAUGAUUGGACGAAAUGUUUUAGCCAAAGUGCAAUCUAUGGUGGCUAAAGUAGGAUUUGCUACAAAACCCUCUAAACAAGCACCGAAAUUCAAUUGGCAAGAUCCGCUUAACUUAGAAUCGCAAUUAACUGAAGAUGAGAUUGCAAUACGUAAUUCGUUUCGCAGCUUUUGUCAAGAUAGUCUAUUGCCGCGCAUUACCAAAGCCAAUAGGGAGGAAUCUUUCGAUAAGGAUAUAAUGAAAGAUAUCGGAGCCCUGGGUGCUUUGGGUUGCACACUGAACGGUUAUGGUUGUCCGGGCGUUUCUAAUGUUGCCUACGGUUUAUUAGCUCGGGAAAUCGAGCGUGUAGACUCGGCUUAUCGCUCAGCUUUAAGUGUACAGAGCUCUUUAGCAAUGGGAGCAAUUUAUGAUUUUGGCUCUGAUAAAUUAAAAGAAAAAUAUCUACCACUACUGGCCCAAGGAAAAUUAAUUGGUGCUUUCGGUCUCACUGAGCCCAACCAUGGCAGUGAUCCAGGUGGAAUGGAAACACGUGCGAAAUACGACAAUAAAAGUAAAUGUUUUAUAUUGAACGGCUCAAAAUCUUGGAUUACUAGUUCACCCAUUGCUGACGUGUUGAUUAUUUGGGCUAAGGGAGAAGAUGGCAAAGUUCGAGGUUUUCUAGUGGAUCGUGAACAAUCUAAGAAAGGCUUAUCGACACCCAAAAUUGAAGGCAAGUUCUCUCUAAGAGCUUCGAUAACCGGUAUGAUACUCAUGGACGAUCUUCAUGUACCUGAAGAAAAUCUCUUGCCUAACGUUGUUGGUUUCGUGGGGCCAUUUACUUGCUUAAAUAAUGCUCGCUAUGGCAUUGCUUGGGGAGCUUUAGGGGCAGCGGAAGCCUGCGUAGAAAUCGCUCGGCAAUAUGUUUUAGAUCGUAAGCAAUUUGGCCGGCCCUUAGCUGCUAAUCAAUUGAUUCAAAAAAAAUUGGCCGAUGCUUCCACAGAUAUCGCUUUGGGCCUGCAAGCGUGUCUACAAGUAGGUCGUCUUAAAGAAAAGAAACUUCAUACACCCGAAAUGAUUUCCAUGAUAAAGCGUAACAAUGCUGGUAAAGCAUUAGAAAUUGCACGUGUAAUGAGGGAUGUAUUAGGUGGAAAUGGCAUUUCUGAUGAAUACCACAUCAUAAGACAUGUUAUGAAUUUGGAAGCUGUCAACACUUACGAGGGCACCCACGAUAUUCAUGCUCUCAUACUAGGACGCGCCAUUACCGGUAUACCGGCUUUCGCUAACUAAACACAUUAUAUCAAAUGCGCAGAAAAUAUCGCAAAUGUCGAGAGCGUAUUUUUAAUAAUUAAACAUCAGGCUAUUUAGUUCCGAGAUUAUAAAAUAAAGAGACACGGUGUAAUUAUAUAUCGGAGAC